GACACUCACAAAGCCUUCACAUAUAUAUUCGCAGAGCCGCAAAUUCUCAUUCCUCAACAAAAACAAGACACACAAUCUUCAUCAGCUAAUUCGAACAACACACUCGAACUCAACUAGAAAAAAGAACACAGGAAUGGUGAAACACACGUCAGCAGUUGAGAAGCCAGUAGACAGCAGCUAUUUCAAAUUCAAAGGUGUCCGAAAGAGAAAAUGGGGGAAAUGGGUGUCUGAAAUUAGGCUACCGAACAGUAGAGAGAGAAUCUGGUUAGGAUCAUAUGAUUCGGCUGAGAAAGCAGCACGCGCCUUUGAUGCAGCACUCUUUUGCUUACGUGGCCGUUCUGCUAAAUUCAACUUCCCUGACGAUCCACCGAAUAUAGCCGGAGGGAGGUCACUUUCUCCUUCUGAAAUUCAAGCAGCUGCUGCUCGGUUUGCAAAAUCGGAGCAUCCGAAAAGUGUUCAGUCGGAUCAUUCAGAAUCUGAAUUGCAAGUGGAGUCUCCUUGUCCUUCAGUGGGGUCGGAUUUGACAGCACAGAUAGAUGGUAGUGAAUUGAUGUUGGAUAUACCAUUCUUGGAUUUGUUAGCGAAUACGGGUCCGGGCACAGAUAAUUACGCAACGGAUUGUGGAAUUUUUCCGGGUUUUGAUGAUCUUUUCGCACCAUUAUCAGAACCUAGCCUUGACUUUGGAGAGGAAAAUUUUGACGGUGUUAUAGAUCAAGAUUCAUUUCUUUGGAGUUUUUAAAGAACUUCUUUUUCUUUUUCCCCCUUUCGGGUCGGAUAGUUCUGGACACUUUUAAUAUCCAGAGUUAUUUUAUUAUUACUUUUUAUACCCGGAAAAUGCUAAUUUCGGGUAUUGAAAUUAGAUGGACCAUUUUUUGGAUGGCCAUUUUCCUAAACUUCCUCAUACGAUUGCUAUUAAAACAUGAGUCGGUGAUAAAAAUAUGUAAAUUUCUGUAACAAGUUGAGUUAAUUGAAAUGUGUAAUAACUUAGUUACAUAAAUCGUAAUGUUCAUAUUUGAUUUGUCUA